AGAUGCGCUCCGGGUGAGUCCGGUGACCGAGCAGAGCCGGCGGAAUCUGCAAGGAUUCCGUGGGAACCGUAGUGUGGUUUGAAGCCACUGCUGGCCAUUCUGAAGCUAAACCUGGCACCCCCAGGUGAGGACACCCCACAGGGAGUGCUGUGUGCCAACCAGUAACAAGGGAGUGAAGACUAGAGGGAAGGAAGACGUGAUGAGAGAUGGGGACCCUGAGCCCAUCCACAUCCCAGAGAUCCAGACUUCCAGAAGCUUCCAAGGCUCUGGCCGCAGGCCCCAGCUCCCCUGAGCUGUUUGAGGAGUCCUGGCCAUCCAGCUCAGGGACCCCUUCCCCACCCAGCACCGCUGAGGGCCAGAUGAGAGCCUCCCCACCACCCAUCGUGACUGACAGUGGGGACUCCGUGGUGGCCAAGUACAUAAACCGGUUCCGACAGGCUCAGCCCACAAGCCGAGAAGAACGCCAGUCUGCAGGCCCAACCCCAGCUGACUUUUGGUGGCUGCGGCCUGAAUCUUCAGACCCUGGCAGUCAACUUGCAGCAGCAGGAGCCAGUGAACCAGAAGGAAGACCCUACACAGCAGCCCUGACUCAUGCUAAGAUGGCCAGUGCAUCAAAGGCUAAGGCUGUGGCACCCCUUCAGGAAAUAAAGCAGAGUCUCAACACGUGGAACUCAUCCCUGCUGGACUUGGAGACACUGAGCUUGCAAAGCAGAGCUGCCAGGCUGCUCAAACGCAGCAAGGCCUCCGUCUCCUCCACCUCCUCCCUCAGCCCCAGCGAUGGUGGCAGCUCCUCAUUCCCCGUCAGCUCUGAUGGCCUCUCUCCCUUCUCCAUGACCUUCACUCCUGACUCCAUCAAGGACCCUGACCUCAGGGCACAAGCAACCCCAGCACCUGCCCCCAUCCCUACUCCUGCCCCCAUCCCUACUCCUGCCCCGGCGUCCUCCCAGGCACCCCUGCGGCCAGAGGAUGACAUUCUGUACCAGUGGCGGCAGCGGCGGAAACUUGAACAGGCUCGAAGAAGCCAGGGUGACGGAACCUGGGUGCUGCCGCAGACUACUGCCCUCACCACCUCGGUCCCUUCCCCCAUCUGUCCACAGCCAUCUCCUCCCGCUGUGGAGACCCUCGGUUCCCUGGGAACCCAGUCUAACUCCAUCCCACUUUGGGGCAAUGUGGUUCCACCUGUACUCCAGGAAGCUUUCCGCAUGGAGAGGCCUCCUAUUCCCCCAGGGUUCUCUCCACACAUCUUUUGGGGUCCCAGUCCCCAUGGAUUCUUCUGGGCCCCACAGCCCAGUCCCUGGAUAUCUCUUGGGGUCAUCCCUCCAACACUCCCGGCCUCCACCCCAGCGCCCCCGGCCUCCGCCCCAGCGCCCCCGGCCUCCGCCUCAGCGACCCUGGCCUCCAAUCCUGCCCCUCCAGCCUCAACCCCCGCGCCCCAUGCCUCCACACCCACGACCCCUGCAGCCCCCCAGGGCCCCCCCACCCCUGCACCAAGCAGCCCAGAGGAGCUCGAGAAGCAAAGCUCCAAGCCUCGGAGAAGCAGAGCCCAACGCCGGGAGUCUUCAGGGCGAGUCAUGGCCGCGGAUGAGCACGAGGGCCCUGGCCCGCAGCUCAGAGGCGCGCUGGGCCAGGUGGUGAUGGCUCGGCUGUUUCCGGACAGCCUGGAGGACACGCCCCCCCGGUUUGAGGGCCCGCCUCCACACGAGGCUGAACCUCGGAAAGCCAAGGCCACACACCCUAUGACCCGUCGCUCAGAGGUCACGGCUCAUCUAUCUGAAUCACCGGAUCGGUCUAAGGCGGUGUCUCGGAAUGCCAAGACCAUGCUCCCCCUAGCGGGAUCAGUGCCUAGGAAAGACAAAGACACUCCCUUGGCUGAAGUCAAGCGUCUGCAGCCCAAGAUCCUGCCUCCUCCAGCUGAGGUGGUGGCCACUUGUGUUAAGGCCCCGCCCCCUCCAUUCGAGGCCGGGUCUCUUGAGGUGGUAGCCACGCCCUCACCCGAUGCUGGCCACGCCCCCUCAGAAGACCUGCUCUCCCAGGCUGCCAGACUUCUGCAGGCUGCGGAAGACUCUGAUGGGAGCGAGUUCCAGGACGACCCUAUACUGCAGGUGCUAAGGAUUCAAAGGAUGGCGCUGCGGCAGCAGAAAAGGAAAGUGGAUGCCCAAAUAGCCCGCCUGUUGGGCCACCCUGAAGACCCAGAGUCUCGGUCUCCUCCAGCCAGGUCGCCCCCCCGGGUCCCCAAGGCUGCGGCCGAGGAGGGAAGGAGCCUCUCUUGAGGCCAGACG